UGUAUUUAUACCGAGAGUUCCGUUCACAGUCCGAUACCUGUUUCCGUCUUUCUAGUCUCGAUAAACUUAUGGGCAACUCUCCAUCUAGCUCUAGGCAUAACAGUAUCUCUAAACCACAACCAUUAUCUCGACGAAGGUCCACACGCGAAAACCAAGGUUCAAAUUUCCUAGGGACACCAAAUCCUACUAGCACAAGUCACCGAAGGAGCAGGUCUGCCAAUGCUGCUCUAUCGCGACGGUCUGGAAACCCAGACAUAGUGCGAAAUCCCCCUCCACCAUAUUCACGGACGCCACCUCCAGAGUCACGCGGCUUCAUGAGGGAACCCUAUUCCAGUUCACAUUCCUCAGUAUCUUUGUCUCAUAGUACAUCCUCGGAAUCAUCCUCUGGACGACAUCGGAAUCGUUCAACUUAUCUUCGCACCCCCAUGCGACAGCAGACGCGAGACGACAUGCUGGUAACAUUGCGCAAGUAUGAUACUGUGAUUAUUGUCGAUGAUUCUAGCUCCAUGAUCGGUGAGCGAUGGAAUGAGGCGUCGAAAGCACUUUCUGAAUUGGCGUCUCUCGCUGGACAGUUUGACGCCGACGGUAUUGAUAUAUACUUCCUCAAUGAUGAGCGGGUGGGUUUGGGGAUGAGGAGACGAGAAGCAGUUGACCAGCUGUUCAAAGAAGUCAGACCUAAAGGCGUUACGCCAAUUGGUGAACGGCUGGAGACCCUCCUUCGUGGCUAUCUGGCAAGGCUGGAAAGUGCCAACGACUCGGGGUCCACGGCCGCUCUCAAAAGCAUCAAACCCAUCAACUAUAUCAUUAUAACGGAUGGCGCUCCCACUGAUGACCCAGAAAGCGUCAUAGUGCAAGCUGCAAGGCGUUUAGAUGCAAAGCAUUUCCCUGUGAACCAGAUCGGCAUCCAAUUUGUACAAAUAGGAAAGUCUGCGAGCGCCGCCCGAUACCUACAGGAGCUAGACGACAAUCUUGUUACCAAACAUAACCUCCAGCGGGAUAUCGUUGACACGACUAAAUAUUUUGGAAUGGGAUUGAGCGCCGAUGCUUUGGUAAAGAUUCUCUUGGGUGGCAUCAAUCGAAGGGUGGAUAACGAUGGAACGGCAGUCUUCGAUGAGGAUCUUUCCCCAAAAACACCUGUUCUCCGGGUGCAAGGUCUAUUUUGAAUGGACAUGUCUGCGGACAUCUGAAGCUAUUUGUAUGAGUCAACAGCGAUUGGUUAUACUAUUACUGCAAUACUGUACGAAUACUAUAUGUUUUUACUUACGGUACUUUACUUACGGACACUAGAUGUACUACCAUACACACAGAACAACCAGA